AUGGAAGAUACAAAGUCUUUUACAAUGUCAAUCAAGGACAAAUGGGAGUUUCAAUGUGCCACCUCAACUUGUUUACCAUUCGUUAUUACUACGGCACUAGACAUCCGACAAUGUCAAGCCUACUGUCUGGGACAGGAUCAUUGCAAAGCAAUCACUUUUCAACAGGCAAUUUCGAAGUGUCAGCUGUUUGACAACAUCGUGGAUCAAAAUUACAACUUACAAACAAAUAUAAAGGCGACAACGAUGAUAGUCAUUUUGGGAACACGAAUGCCACCAGAACCAACUACUGCAUCAACAACACCAAGCUCAGCAGUAACAACUUCAAUAUCAACAACCACGUCGACAUCAUCAACGUCAACAACAACAGCAGUACCUGUAUGGAAAUUGGUAGGAAGUAUGAGUGGUCCACGAGAUGAACAUGCAGUAUCGUUGUUACCAAAUGGAAAUGUAUUAGUUAUUGGUGGGCACAACGGUAGUGUUUAUCUGAAAAGUGCUGAGUCAUAUGAUUCAGUAACAAACAUUUGGACAGCAAUACAAAGUAUGAAUAUAGCACGAGGGGCACUCACAGCAUCCUUAUUAUUGAAUGGAAAAGUAUUAGUUACUGGCGGAUUUAGCAAUACUUAUUUGAAUAGUGCUGAAUUAUAUGAUCUGGGAUCUGCUAACUGGACGUUGACUGGAAAUAUGAAUGACCAACGUUAUGGGCAUACUGCAUCGGUAUUGUCUAAUGGAAAAGUAUUAGUUACGGGUGGUGCAAAUAGUAUUUAUGGUCUCACUAGUACUGAGUUAUAUGACCCAACAUCAGGUAGCUGGACGAUAGCAGCAAACAUGACUUAUGGACGAGUUCGACAUCAAGCAGUGGUUUUAUCAAAUGGAAGCGUUUUAGUGAUAGGUGGUUCUACUUCUAAAAGUGCGGAGUUAUAUGAUCCAUCAACUGGGAAAUGGACAUUGACAGGGAACAUGAGUGCCAUACGGUCUUAUUUUACAGCAACUAAAUUAUCAGAUGGAACAGUAUUAGUUACUGGCGGAGACAAUAAUGUUGCUGGCGUUACUGCUGAAUUAUAUGAUCCAUUAACCAAUAAAUGGACGUUGACAGGAAAUAUGAGUAUCGCACGAAAGACUCAUAUAGGAUUAAAAUUAUCUAAUGGACAAGUAUUGGUUGCUGGUGGAUCGAAUAGUAAUGACUUGGCAAGUAGUGAAUUGUAUGAUCCAUUAACAAAAAAUUGGACAGUGACAGCUAACAUGAGUGCUGCACGAGCUUCUCAUGCGGGAGUGGUAUUAAUGAAUGGAAGCGCACUGGUUGCUGGUGGUAAGGGCUUGGCAAGUGCUGAACUUUAUUAA